AAUAAGCAGCUGGAAGUGUUGAAUAGGUAAUAAAUCUAAAUAAACAGAGAUCUGCGGAAGACUUCCUCAUUCUAUUUGGAUUGUGCAAGAUACAUCGACUAAUAGUCUAAUAAAACUCUUUAAAAUUUGUUUGGAAUUUUAAAGACCAUUAUAUUCUUUAGACGCGUUGUUAUUGCUAACAUUUUGUCUAAUUAACAAAUUUAUUAAAAAUGUCUGAAAAGCAAAGAACAAGUCCAAUAAAGAAUUUCUUGGCAGGAGGAGUUGGUGGUGUUUGCUGUGUUGCAGCUGGGCAUCCUCUAGAUACCAUAAAAGUUCGUUUGCAAACAAUGCCAAAACCCACUGCUGGUCAACUUCCAAUGUAUUCUGGUACAUUUGAUUGUGCUAAGAAGACUAUUGUGAAAGAGGGUAUUCUUGGACUUUACAAAGGAAUGGCAGCUCCAAUAACUGGAGUUACUCCAAUGUUUGCUGUUUGCUUUUUUGGCUUUGGUGUAGGAAAAAGACUCCAACAAAAGCAUCCAGAAGAACAAUUAACGUUACUGCAGCUUUUUAAUGCUGGUAUGCUCUCUGGGGUAUUUACAACUGCCAUUAUGACACCAGGGGAACGUAUCAAAUGCCUUUUGCAGGUUCAGCAAGCUUCCACUUCAACUUCGGGAGUUAGGUACAAUGGACCUGUGGAUUGUAUCAAAAAGCUUUAUAAAGAGGGAGGUAUUAGGAGUAUUUACAAAGGAACUGCUGCUACUUUCUUAAGAGAUAUACCAGCAAGUGGUAUGUACUUUAUGUCAUAUGAAUGGCUACAAAGAGUCAUGACUCCGGCAGGGAAAAGUCGUUCUGAUCUCAGUGUUGGGAGAACUCUGCUUGCUGGAGGCUGCGCUGGGAUUUGCAACUGGGCUGUUGCAAUACCUGCUGAUGUUUUGAAGUCACGCCUCCAAACUGCUCCUGAAGGUACUUAUCCCAAUGGUAUAAGAGAUGUUUUCAAGCAUGCCAUGAAAGAAGAAGGAGUCAGAGCUCUAUACAAAGGUGCCACUCCAGUUAUGUUAAGGGCCUUCCCUGCUAAUGCUGCAUGCUUUAUGGGUUAUGAACUAGCUAUGAAGUUCUUGAAUUGGGCUGCUCCUAAUCUUUGAUGAUAAACUAGUCUAUAAAAUAAUUCAAAUUGUUUAAGCUUAAAAUAUUUUACUGAUAAACCUUAGUGCCUUGUACAGUUUUAUACCUAGCUAAUAUUAUAUUUAUUUACAAAUUUUUAAAUUAUGUUGUAGGUAAGAAAGUUUUAUCACGAAAAAUGUAAUUUUGUGAGUUAUUACGUACAAUUUGUUGAGAAAUAUGAUUAUAUAAAUCUAUAAUUUGAAAAAGUAAUGAUCUUAUUGUUUCUUAAAAUUAAAUUUCUAUAAUACUUUUCUUAUCUACUGCAUGUCUAAUGUCUUCUUUAAUCAAACUUUAUUUUAAUAAAUUAUAUCUAAUUGCUAUAAAUGUAAUAAUGACCAUUCACCAAUAUUGUAUGCAUUCUGCUAUAAUUUUAUUAAAUUAAAUAUCUCUUUGAAAAUUCAAAUUAUUUUAUAAAAUGAAAUUCAUUUUUUUUAAAUGCAUGAGUAUUGUUUUUACAAACUAAAUGAAUGUAAAUGAAAUUAUGUAUAGUAUUUGCUGCACUGAACUGAGUACAAAAAAAUUAUUUACUGGAAUAGAGUUAUGAUUAUUAUGCAUGAACUUGAAGGAAAUGUAAAAUAUAUACUUUAUGUAUAUUUUUACAUUUCUUAUAUAUAUAUAUAUAUAUAUAUCAAUGUAUAUUAUUAUUGAAUUGUUGUGUUACUAUUUUAAAGAUGGGCAUUAUAAAAAAUAUUCUUAGCCGUAUUGACUAUUUAAAUAUUUUUCCUUCAUUUUGGAUGUUAUUGAAAUAAAAUUUGAUUGUUUUGUUCAGAUAGGAUUUUUAUUAUAUACAUCUAUAUUUUAAUUUCAUUUUUAGGAAAUUUAUAAUUUAAUGUGGAUCAAAUUUUGUUUGUUAAGUAAUAAUAAAAAUAGCUAUGAAAUAAAAUGCAUUUUUAUUAGAUUGUCUGUUUAUAUUUUUGUUUUGCAUUUGUAAAAGCUUUUUCUAUUUUUUUUAAAAAGAAACAAAUUUAAUAAAUGAGACAAAUUUGACCCGAUAUUUAACAAUGCUGAUAUCAUAACUAUUUUUGAGACAUUAGAACAAUAAUGAUCUUUGAUUAAUAAUCCUGUAAUUAAAAUUUCUGAGUUCAAAUUUUUCUCUUUUUAAAGCAGACAUUUCACAAAAGUUUUUUUUUCUUAGUAAACAGAAAGUAAGGAGGAAACAGUUUUUUAAGCGCAUUAAAAAUGUGCUUUAAAAUAAGUGAAAUUCAAUAUGAAAAUAAGUUUUAUCUAGUAAAUAAAAAUUAUGUACCUAAAUUAUUUUCAGGUUUUACUAAGUUUCUAAAAGAGUAAAAUUUUAGAAAGGUCUUUGUUAUUAUUUAUACUUAGUUUUAAGAAAAUGAAAAAGUUGAGUUAUGCAACUUUGUUAAGUAUAAAAGUUUAUUGUAACUUAAUAGAAGUUAAAGAAAUUUUUUCUUCAAUUCACAUCUCAGACACAACAUUAAAUUUAUACAUAUAUUGUAAUAGUUUUAACUCUGUUUUGUGCACACAAAAUAUUUUAAAAC